UGGUGCCCCUGGUCAGCUGCACGUUGCUUUUAUUGUUGAUUUUGAUUGUAGCAUAAAUAUGCAGCGAAAGGAGCCAAAUCCAUUUCUAAAACUCGGCUUGCGCCCAUGGCUGGCCAAACAGUUGACCAAAUUAGGUCUUAAGGGAGUAACGCCUAUUCAAGAGAAUUGUAUACCACCAAUUUUAGCUGGUAAGGAUUGUAUUGGUGCAGCUAAAACAGGCUCAGGCAAGACCUUUGCCUUUGCUCUGCCGAUUUUGGAGAAGCUGAGCGAGGAGCCAGUCAGUCAUUUCGCCCUAGUGCUAACACCUACGCAUGAACUGGCCUAUCAAAUCUCCGAACAGUUUCUCGUUGCUGGUCAGCCCAUGGGAGUGCGCGUGUGUGUUGUUUCCGGCGGUACAGAUCAGAUGAUAGAGAGUCAAAAGCUAAUGCAGAGACCGCACAUUGUUGUGGCAAUGCCCGGGCGAUUGGCGGAUCAUCUAACAGGUUGUGACACGUUUUCGUUCGAUAAUCUCAAAUUUCUGGUCGUGGAUGAAGCAGAUCGCAUGCUGAAUGGCGACUUCGACGAGAGUCUGGCCAUAAUCGAACGCUGCUUGCCUAAGACCCGACAGAAUCUAUUUUUCUCUGCUACCAUGAAGGACUUUAUGAAGGAGUCAAGCAUAUUUCCAAUAUCCAAAGAUUUAAUGGAAUGGUCCCAGGAGUCGGACGUGGCUACGGUGGAGACACUUGAACAGCGGUAUUUGCUGUGCGCUGACUACGACCGUGAUAUGGUGCUCAUUGAAGCGCUGCGAAAGUUUCGAGAAGAAAAUGAAAAUGCGAAUGUCAUGAUCUUCACCAAUACAAAGAAAUAUUGCCAAUUGCUCUCGAUGACGCUCGCCAGCAUGGAAAUUGAGAAUGUCUGCCUACAUGGGUUUAUGCGACAAAAGGAACGAGUUGCUGCACUAAGUCGCUUUAAGUCGAAUCACAUACGCACGCUGAUUGCUACAGAUGUAGCUGCACGUGGAUUGGAUAUACCCAGUGUGCAGCUAGUGAUCAAUCAUAUGUUGCCACGUACGCCCAAGGAGUAUAUUCAUCGUGUGGGACGGACGGCGCGGGCUGGUCGCAAAGGCAUGGCUAUAUCCAUAUUUCGAUUCCCACGCGACCUUGAAUUGCUUGGUGCCAUUGAAGCUGAAAUUAAUUGCAAGCUAACAGAGCAUCCCAUAGAUCAACGCAUGGUGGAACGUAUAUUCAUGCAAGUGAAUGUCACAAGACGUGAAUCGGAAAUGCAACUGGAUAAUAAUGACUUCGAUGAGCGUGCCCAAAACUACAGACGAAAAACGUGGAUUAUGGAGGGCAAGGAUCCUGAUGAAAUGGAAGCACUUUAUCGCAAGAAACAAAAGGAAAAGCUGCGUGAAAUACGCCGCAAACGUAAGCAGCAACGGGCGGAAAUGAGCGCCAGCGAGGAGGGCAAGGCUGUGCUAAAUGAUGAACGGUUCAAUACUAUAGACACUGCGCGAUUCGAAAAGAAAUUUAAGAAACGCUCAGAAAAUGAUACGACCGAACCGAAGACACCACAAAAACUACAUAAAGCAAACACAAGC